AUGUGCAGUUUGGAACAAAAUAUUGAUGGUUUGAUAGAUGGCAGUGAUGGCAACACUAAAGCAAGAAUUUCCUUUCAUUAUGUCUGCUCAUAUGUGAUGAAUUUUGGCCCUUUGUUGUAUGUGAUGGAAGACAACCACCACACUCAAAGGAACAAUGGGUCUGGAAGCAUGCAAUUUGCUGAUAAUGAUGUGAAAGUCCAUACUCAGCUCAGGCCUACAACUAAUGGGGAAGUGAAUGAGAAUUCCACAAAUGCUUCUGGUACUGGACCUCCUGCUGGUUUUUUGGGAGUAUCUCUUCAUUCCCCAUAUGAGAAAAUUGGAAUUAGCACAUCUUUUGUUGCUCCUUCCGCUGGUGCAGGGUUGCCUUUUGAUGCAAUGGUUCUAGGGUCAAUUUGGCCACUGGGCUUUUUGAUGAAGGAUUGCUCUAUGCUACGAAAUCGUAUGCUGGCUUAUCCUUCCUUUCUUUUUAAAGUUGGGACAGAGGACAAUGUUGAUCAGUGAUGCUGGGAAGUUUAUGCCUUUGGAAAGGACUCAACAUGGUUCUAUGACAUAGUAAUAACAAGAUAGUUCUAUGACAAAGUAUAAACAAUGUACUUCUAUGGAAUGGUAUUAACAAUGUACUUCUAUGGAAUGGUAUUAACAAUGUACUUUUAUGACAUGUA